AAAAUUUCCGCAUUUCCAUAAUAACAUUGUUUUUAUUGUAAAAAUACAUUAUUUUAUUAGUAGUUCAUUGACCCAUGUUGUUUAGAAAAAAUAAGAUCAUUACAUGUACUACUUUUUAAUUCACGAGCAUUUUCGUAAUUUGGGGGGGCUAACCCCGGGGGUACCUAGAGUCCAAAAGGGGCUAACCCCCAAUUAACACAUGCUUUCCUUAUCUUUCGUUUUAGAGUUAUGGUGUCUUUGGCAAAGUAGUUGUGUGACAUCUAGCGCUUCAUUUGAUCAUUUCAUGUUAGUUCGGAAUUCAGUCGCUAGGGUGGCGCUGCUACCAACUUUUUAAUGGAACGAGAUAGAAAGAUGAUGUCCACAGCAAAGUUGUAUAUUAGGUAUAUCUUCUGAAGACACCAACUUUGUAGGUCUUACAGGUUUUGAAAUAUCGCGCAUUUUUGAAAACAUAAUCUGUAAGUGAAUGUUUUAACUAAAACCUUCUCUCUCAAAACGUACCGGACCUACAACGUUUGCAUCUUCAGAAGAUAUGUUUAAAAUGAUAGAACCUACAACUUUCUCGAAGACACCACAUUUCUAUCUAGCUUCACCAACAUUACUCGAGUAAUUAGCCAGAUACCACUUGAAAUACUCGAAUCCGUCAUCAAAAAUUGGACCAGUCGAAUGGACUACCUGAAGCGCCAACGUGGUGAACAUUUAAAAGAAAUUGUUUUCAAACAAUAAAUGGCAAAACAUGUUCUUUCGAUUGACAAAUAAACAAUUCGCGAUUUACUCAAUUUUUCAAUUUUUUUAUUAGAUUAAAAAACAUCAUGACGAAUCACCCUGUAUUAAAUUAUUCAGAUCAACUUUAUUCCAAGAGAAUCAAUUUCAAUUCCUUCCAGCGAUUUUUUUGUUAAUGCAUACUCUCUGCGACUCAUGGCAACCAAAAUUUGUAUUACUAAGAUGUAACAAAAACUUGUUGGAUAGCUCAAUAUAAGGUUUGGCCAAAGUGGUAUCUUCGUUUGGUAUUGGCACUACAUCAUUCUAAUUUGUCUCGAUUGAGAUUCAACAUCCCAGUUCAACCGCUGGAAAAUUAGUCACUAGCAUAACAUUAGACAGGGAUGUCCUUAAUUUGCUCUUAGACUAUUUGGUAACCCUAAAUGUAUCGUACUCGUUACAACUAUAAAACAUCAUUUUAUGAUAAUAAUUUUAAUUGUUAAACUAAAUAUUAACAAUAGAACUGACGACGUUCUAAACAAAAGAUGUUGCGAUUUCCUAUACAACAGAAGUUGCAGCGUGUUAAAUGAUAGACACCGCAAAGUGCUGAAUGUCGAGUAUAAUUUCGACUCUCAACCAGUUUGGGUGCAUUUUAAUCUCGGUGCGGUGUAUGACCUCCCCCGUUCGAUCCUCACGGUGCUAACCUAAGGCUGCAUUCCUCAGCAUCGUGAGGAUCGAACAAUAGCCAGCUACAUAAGUUGAAAUAAUGCAUCGUGGGAAAUAUACAGAUAAGUGAUAUCUAUCUAUUUACGUUUCUUGAGAAAGAAAUGUAUAGAAUUCGCUCAUACCUUCAAGAUAUCUUCUGUGGCUCGCAGGGCCGUGUAUUAUAUACCAAAUCGACUCAGUUCGACGAUAUGGGACAAUGUCUCUGUGUGUGUGUGUAUGUAACGGACAAACUCUCACUCGUGUUUCUCAGCAAUGACUGAUCCAAUCUUAUCCAAACCUAUUGCAAAUGGAAGUCCUACCACCCAGACAGAACGCUAUCAAUUUGUUUUUGAUUCCAAUGUUUAGUUUCCAAGAUAUGGAUGUUAGAAUGUUUUUGUGCAGUUUUUUGCAAUGUACUGUCGAAAUUGACAACAAAUACUAACACUUUGUAUAGCUUACGAACGAGCUAUUGAUUGUUACAAUCGGACUACUAUCAAAAGAGAUAUUGAACAUUGAAUUCAGACAAAGGAGUGGAACCCCAGGAUUUUAGCGCCUUCAUAACACGCGUCAGUGCAUAUUGCUUUUUGGAUACAGUGACACUGUUCAACACAUUCAUUGGACAGCAUUGAAAUUUCACUCUAUUAUUCUGGUGCCGUUAAAUUGAUCUAACAUCAUGGAUUUGUAUAACUACUACAUAUUUGAUAAUGCAGACCCAAGGACACAUAACUGGUUUCUUGCUGGUUCACCGUUUCCCAUGUUGGGAGUUAUCAGUGCAUAUUUGGCACUUGUUUACUACAUCGUUCCUAGGUUCAUGGAGAAUCGGAAGCCGUUCCAAUUAACAAAAUUCAUCGGAGUUUACAAUCUAUUUCAAGUAUUCUACUGCAUUGGAGUAGUACGUUUGUGCUUUCAAGCUGGUUGGAAAUUUGAUUACUUCUAUCGAUGCUACGAAACGGAUUACUCCAACGAUCCCAAAGCUGUCAAAAUGGUUGAAGUAUCGUGGUACAUUCUAUUUAUCAAGUUUGUUGAACUUCUGGAAACGAUUCUGUUUGUGCUUCGCAAGAAACAGAGUCAGGUUUCAUUCCUCCACGUGUACCACCACAUCAGUACGUUCUUCAUAGCGUAUGUGUUUUGCAAAUAUGUCGGAGGUAGUAUGCUCACUUUCUCGAUUGUGAUAAACUCCGUGGUACAUAUUAUCAUGUACUCAUAUUACUUUAUGUCUGCAUCCGAAACGAAAAUAUUCAAAUUUCUGGCCUCUAAAGUUAAGAAGUACAUAACCAGUAUUCAGUUGAUCCAAUUUGGGCUUCUAACGAUGAACAACUUCUUUGGUCUGCAACCAGGAUGCAAUACGUGUAAACCAUUUCUCGCCAUGUACAUCCCAAAUAUCUUCAUUUUAAUCUAUCUGUUCAGCAGUUUUUAUAAAAAAACUUACGAUACUAAGCGCACUGCCGAGAGGAAGGUUAAGUAAAAUCUCAAUAACAAUUAGUACUUGGUAGCAAUAAUUUAGAGCUAAUUAUAAACUACAUCCGGCACCAGCUGCAAGGAUAGGAUUUGAUCGUACUGUUGAACCUUGUUCCGAUGUCAGCAAAAUUGUGAUACAAAACUACGAUGAGUUAGAUUAGGCACUCCAGUAAGAGCUGUAUUUAAGGGGCAAGUGAUAUAAAUAGUUGGUAAAUAGGAAUAAAUUUAAUCAUUGCGCUGUGAUGAGUUGAGCUAGCACGCCUAAUGUUCAUGCCUUAUUGGAGCAAUGUUGAUUCAUAUAUGCAAAAUAUCUCUUUCCAGUUAUUAAAUACUACGAGGAAUUUGGGAAAAAAAAUAAUAAACUUAUUAAAUCUAAAAAA